AUGCUCGAAUCCUCAUGGAUUCAUACUCCGUUUGCAGCGAAGAACUCAGUAGACAGGGCUCGGCUUUCCCAAGCUCCAUCCCCGGGCUCCCUUUCUUCCCCCUCCCCAUCGUCCUCCGCUCCCCCUGCUUCCUCCCCCUCCCCUUCCGCCUCCUUCUCCGCCUCCCCCUCCUCGCCCCCCUCCGCCUUCCCCCGCUUCCUCACCUACGAGUGGUACCAUGGCUGCGGCGGCCUGGGCGACACGCUCCUAGGGCUGGCCUCGACAUUUGUCGUCGCGCUAUUGGACGGCCGCGCGCUGGUGAUUCGCCACCGCUGCCUGCCAUUCGCCUUCGAGCCGAACCUUAUCGACUGGAGAUUCCCGUCCACGUCAGCAUCUGGUUCGGCCGAUCGUGGAUCCGACGACCCUGGCUUGACCAUCCCUGGUUCUGGCAAUGACACAGCGGCAGAUGAGGCUAUUGAUGAGAUUCCGCUCGUACCUGCCCGGAAAAUCUUGACGGAGUCGGUAAUUGCGGGCAGCCCGGAAACAAAGGAGAUGGGCAUGGAUGACGUGCCGAUGCUGGACAUCCGAGACACGCAGUUCGGGAGCGUGCAGGUGGGUGGUGCUUGUGACUGUGCCUGCCUGGUUGUAGUGGCAACCGGAUGGGCAUGGAUGACUCGGCUGUCGUGGAAUCGCGGCGUGCUGACUCAGAUGCUGACGGAGGAGCAGAGCGAGUGGGCGGCACGGCUCCGCACCACCGGGUUGCGUCCACCGUACGCUCUCGGCUGUAUCCUGCGCUUCCUACUCAAACCUAAUGCAGAGGUUCGGCAGCUUCUGAGUGGCCUGGAGAGGGAGGUGCAUGCACCUGGUGUGGUGACAAUUGGCGUUCACAUCAGAUUCACUGAUGGGACAGUGUGGGAAGGGGAGGGCGAAGAUGCUCCCAAGCAGCUGGGCGAGGCUGAGGUCGAGAGGCUCAUGCAGGUGGCCCGCCCGCUGCUGAGCUGCACUCAGCACAUUGCUGCAUUGACUGCUAGAGUGGCUGCUGUAGCAGUCGCUUCACUAAUUGCUACAGCUGCUGCUGCUCCUCCCCUCACGCUCUUGUCUCCUCCCCACCCACUCCGUACUGGUGCUUCCUUACAAGCAGUGGAGCACUGGCGGUUCCCCCCUCAACUGCAAGUGCGGUAA